ACUCGUUUCACUGCAUUCCAGAGGACGCUCGCUAGCUGUGGAGCUGAUCGUUCAGGGGCAAGGCAUGCCAGCUGCGGGAUGGGACUGCACAGCUGACAUUUACAGCCACUAUCAGCAGGGAUCCAUCCUCGCAGUGCUAAAGUCGUACAGGAACUCGAGGUUCGCCCUCAAGGUAAUGCUAAGCUAUAACAGCGCUUAAAAAUGAGGACCCUUCAGGAUACUACUAUUCGAGGAGCUGCCAUUGUAUAAGUUGUUAAUCUUCCAUGCGUUUCGAAAUGGCAAACAAUUUUAUCACUCUACAAAUCCAAUUAGCAUUCGCCACAACAUGGGGCGAGUGAAUCCAUCAAGAGGACUGCCGCCCGCGGCAUUCCGCCGAGAUGCACGCGCAAAGAGGGCGAAAGCCACUAUCAACGAAGACAUACCCGCCCUUCUCAAAUCUCACGCUCGGGCACGAAAAGGCGUCGAAACGGCACAGUUGAUUCCUGAUCCGCCUAUGUGGCGAUCAUCAGUCCCAGCAGCUGAAAAUGCAUCUACAAAUGCCAGCAAGCCCCCCGAUGACGCAGUCUCGGAUUCGGGCUCGCAUUCGUCCCAGACCCCCAACAUUGCGCAACAGCAUCAACACCCCCAAGUCACACUCCAAAUGUGCGACACCCUACAAGCCGCCCACAGGCUCGUAUCCCUCAACCGUGGCCUCCGGGGCAAGAAGUCCAAAGUAGCAGUCCUGAACCUCGCCUCCCCCCUCCGUCCCGGAGGCGGCUUCCUAACCGGAGCCACAGCGCAAGAAGAAUCGCUCUGCAUGCGCACGACUCUCUAUCCCUCGCUACGGGAGUCAUUCUACCGCCUUCCCGAAGUAGGGUGCGUGUACACGUCUGACGUACUCGUGUUCCGGGGCUGGGGAGAUGGGUAUCCCGACCUACCGCGUGAGGAGCGCUUCUUCAUCGAUGUAGUUACAGCGGGGAUGAUCAGGUUACCUGAUGUUGAAGGCGGAGGGGACGCAGGGGACGAGAAGAGGUAUGCGGAACCUAAGGAUCGGGAGAUGGCGGAAAGGAAGAUGAGGGGGGUACUGAGGGUUUUGAUGAUGAAGGGGGUUAGGAGUGUGGUUUUAGGGGCGUGGGGUUGUGGUGCGUAUGGAAAUCCGGUAGGGGAGAUUGCCAGGUUGUGGAGGAAGGUUUUGCUUGGUGGUACAGGUGGUGCUGGAAAGAAGGCUGGGGGUUCCGUGAAGGAUGAGUGUUGGGGGCCUAUGAAUGUUGUUUUUGCUAUCAGUGAUGCGAGUAUGGCGAGGCAUUUUGCGCGGGCAUUUGGGCCGGAGCUUGUGGUGGAUGAUGCUGUGAAGGAGGAUGAAGUGGACGACGAGGGAGAUGAAGGAUUGGGUGAGAUUCGUGAGAAGAUAACUGAGUUGGAGAUCCAAGUCAAUCAGACUAGAAACCUGGGUCUCAAGACAAGACUGGAGGCGGUUCUUGCAGACUUGAAGAGGACAAUUCGUGUUGUGUGGGGGAGGAUAUUGACCCUCACACAGCCCACAUAUGAGGACAUUGGCUAG